AUAUAAUCGCGAACACACAUUUAUAUGCAGUCGCUUCACCGUAAGCGUCAGCUAGGCGCUAUUUUUUUUUAUUGCAAAAAUGUGUUUAACGACUAUAAAUAAUUCAAGAAUGCGUUGAGGUAGUGGAUAUUCCGUGUGUUAAUCGUAACCUUCUUAACGAUCAAAAAGAAACUAAAAUUUUCGCGUGUUACGCAGGCAUAAGCGCGCCCACGUACCGAUUUUUUUUAUUAUUAUUCCACAUAGUUAUAAGAGGUAGUAAAUUUUCUCUCCAGGUUUCAUGGACGGUGAGUGAAAGAAAGAGAGAGGAAAGAAAGAGCCUGAAAAUGAGAGUGAUAGAAAGGGAGAAGAAAAAGGCGCAUGUGAUUUGUGCCUGAGUGGGUGUCCCUUUUUUUUCAUCACCAAUACCGUCCAAGAGACGCGAGAGUGGAGAGCACUAAAGUUGAGUUACGAAAUGGCUCUUGACAGUCGUCAAUUAUCGUAUCAGUGGUUGUGACCACCAAAUUUUAUUUUUCGUUCCCGUAGCAAUUAAAGCAUAACUAGGAUCAAUGCUUUAACUAUCGGUUCAAUCUUCAUUUUAGUCUACAAUUUUUCAACGAGAUUCUCAGAAAAAAUAAAAGCUUCAUAAUCCCGUGAGGUGUAUAACACGAGAGAUUGUUCUCGCAGCCUCGGUGACCAGUGAAAGUUUUAUAGUACUCCGCAAAGUGUUUCAAUUCGAGUCAUUUUACACCCUGUAAAUUUUUUUACAUAAUUGUUGUCAGUUGACCUUCAAUUUAAACUUUAAAUCUUGUGUAACGUUACUCUCGAACCGUUCUUUCAUGGGAGUAUCUUAAAAGUGCGAAAAAAAAUUCCGGUUAAUCGCUAAAUAUCGGACUAUACGGAUGAACGUGCCUAUUUCUUCCUGUAUAAUUUAAAUGUGAUUGAAGAAAGACGAAAUAAAAAUUAGGUGCUUGUUUCCUGGCACCAAAGCACAUAAAGCAUCAAAAUCGAAAUGCUCCUGAAGCAGGUGUCAACCAUCAGUUUUCGUGAAUGGUGUCAAAUUUGAUUUUUUGAAUUGUUCGGAAAGAAUAUCCUGGAAAAGAAGGAGUUGAUGAAUUUUGUGCCAAAUUCGAAAAGUUUGUGAUAAAAAUAUCUAAACAGCAAAAUAUCUAUAGCAAUUGCUGCAAAGUUGGAGGAGACAAAAAUCACCGAAAUCGUUGAGUUACGACGUAUCAUGAAUCUUGUUAUGAGAGAAUUGGGGAGAACUGCAACAAAAAAAGCAGUAUCAAGCUCGCUUGAGGCUGAGAAAAAAGGGAGAAAGUCGGGGGUAAAAAAGUAGCCACUGUCGGAGUUACUCUUGUCUUGGACGUAGAGAAACGAGAGAAUAACUAUUUUGAGAAUGCCCCGCUCCACAUUAUUCUUUGGCGCAUAAGCCAAAAUAUCCUCUCACAUGAGCUUGAACGAUUAGCGCUAUUACGCAAUCGAUGCACCUGCCGCAUUGGCAGAAACCAACGUUUUUUGAAGGAACUUCCGGAAAAAUGACAGAAGCUCAAUGUGGUCCACGUGGCAGGGAGGUGGUGUCGCGAGGGUGGCUGAAUCGGCUACGUAUACUUGACAUGAUCGAGAGUGUAUCGAGACGAGCGCUGAGUGGCUCCAGUGGGAGCUACCACGUUCGUGGAGCCGAGCUGGCGCGCGAUCGGAGAUUGAAAUCGCUAUCAGCGACAGUUGUAUUUCUUGAUGACACUCAGCACACGUUCCAAUUGGAUAAAAGAGCAAAAGGCCAAGUUUUAUUGGACCUCGUCUUCCAACAUCUGGAGCUUAUAGAAAAGGAUUAUUUUGGGUUGCAAUAUGCUGAAAACGGUAGUACAACAUCUACGUGUCCAAAUCCAGAUGUCAUGCGCUGGUUGGACCCUGCGAAACCUGUUAAGAAACAAAUAAGAAGUAAGGGUGGUCAAUUUUUCUUUCGCGUUAAAUUUUACGUUUCGGAUCCGAGCAAACUGCAAGAGGAAUACACGAGGUAUCAAUUCUAUCUUCAAAUACGAAGGGACAUAUUGCAAGGACGGCUUCAACUGCCACCGAGCACAGCUUGUCUUAUAGCCAGCUACACGGUUCAGUCGGAAUUGGGGGAUUAUCAUCCGGAGGAACAUGGACCAGGAUAUCUCUCAAGGCUGCAGCUUAUUCCCGGUCAAACGGAAGAAAUGGAGAAAAAGAUAUCGGAACUUCACAAACUGCACAAAGGUCAGUUGCCUGCGGAUGCUGAAUACAAUUUUCUGGACCAUGCGAAACGGCUCGAGAUGUACGGCGUUGAGUUACAUAAGGCAAGGGAUUCCACAAAUAAGGAAAUUCAGUUGGGAGUCACGUCCAUUGGUCUCGUAGUAUUCCAAAACAACAUUCGUAUCAACGUAUUCUCGUGGUCAAAAAUCGUCAAAAUAUCCUUUAAACGGAAGCAGUUCUUUAUUCAACUCCGACGUGAACAGUCCGAAAACUACGACACUCUUCUUGGUUUCAACAUGCAGACUUAUCGCAGCUCAAAAAAUUUGUGGAAAGCUUGCGUGGAGCAUCACACAUUUUUCAGGCUACACAGUCCGAAAAUGCGUCCACGACGUUUCCCCCUGACGCUCAGUAGUCGUUUUACGUACAGCGGGAGGACUGAAUUUCAGACCGUUGAGGACGGGAAGCAUCGAGCUCGAGUGGAAAGAACUUUCAUCAGUUCGUCUUUCGGCAGAUCGCCGAGCAAACGUCUCGUGCACGGUGUUAAUCAAGGUCCGGUGGUCGAAGAAAAGGGAAAACUUUCGAUGCCACCUGGACGACCGCCACGGCCCUAUGACAACAAAGUACAAUCAUUGGGAUCGCGGGAGCCGCGACAAGCCUGGGGAGAAGGAAACCCGAGUGACGAUGAGGGUGGUUUUGUGUCCCUCAGAGACGAGAUAACAGGAUCGCACACACAAGUGGGGGGCGGCGGUGCUUUCUCACCUGUCCUCGGAUCUCGUAUACUCAGCUACGUCGACGACGAUACCACCACUGAGAGGAACAAUUACGAAAUUCCGGACUACAGCGAACCAACGAGCUCGCCUGCACCGCAGAUACCUGAGGACGGUUUUGUGACGAUACGAUUAACGCCGGACGAACAAGGCCGCUUUGGAUUCAACGUGAAAGGGGGACAGGACCUUGUUAUGCCCAUCUUGGUUUCUCGCGUAGCUCCAAACACACCAGCCGAUCGUUGCUAUCCCAAGUUAAACGAAGGCGAUCAGGUCGUUUACAUCAAUGGGAUCGACGUCAAUGGGAUGCGUCACGAGCACGUUGUCGAUCUGAUAAGACAAUCGCGAGACACAGGCGACGGUGAGCUCACUCUGACCGUCAGACCCAACGCACUGGCUGGCACCGACGAAACCUCCGAAGAGGAGCCUCCCUACAGGUACGUCCCGGACGCACCUCACGCGGCCGUAGGCUCCGAUGCUCUGGCACAAUCGAUGCUCCUGCUUGCGGAUGGUCUCGCAAGCGGAGCUCUGAUCGCACAGUACGAGCAACUUUAUCGGAAGAAUCCCGAAUUGACUUCUCUCGAGUCGAAAAAAUCCGAGAAUCAGAACAAAAAUCGGUAUCGCGACAUUUCACCUUAUGACGUCACACGAGUCAUUCUCAUGGGCUGUUCGAACGGAGACUACAUAAACGCGAAUUACGUAAAUAUGGAGAUACCAGGCUCAGGAAUAAUCAAUCGUUAUAUAGCGACGCAAGGUCCACUUUCGUCGACCGUUGCUGAUUUCUGGCAAAUGGUACUCGAGGCUGGAAGUACAUUGGUCGUCAUGCUUACGACCCUCGUUGAACGUGGGCGUACAAAGUGUCAUCAGUACUGGCCAGCCCUCAACGAAACUCUCACCCUUCGGAACCUCACACUAACUUCCACGUCGGAAAAGAUUGAAGAUACAUUCGUGUUCCGUGAAUUUAUACUUCGCGAUAUAAACACCGCCGAAGAAAGGGACAUAACACACAUGCAAUAUUGCGGCUGGCCGGAUCAUGGGGUACCCAGCGAUUGGCGACAAUUCACAACGUUUACAGAACGCGUAAGAGCCGCUCGGACUGGUAUAGUCGAACCCGCUGUAGUUCAUUGUUCAGCUGGGAUUGGACGAACCGGUGUACUCGUUCUGAUGGAGACUGCUCUUUGUCUUAUCGAGGCUAAUCAACCGGUGUAUCCAUUGGAUAUUGUACGAUCGAUGAGGGAUCAACGAGCGAUGAUGAUACAGAAUGCUAGUCAGUACAAGUUCGUGUGCGACGCAGUCCACAAGGCGUACACCGAAGGAAUCGCGAAGCCGCUUCUCGAGUUCAGCAGGUGAGAGGCACCGCAUCGCCUUGAUUGAAUGAUGGAGUAAAAGGAAAAAAGAGUACAGUUGAGAGCAGCAGAAGCAAAUGUAAAAUCACGUAAAUAUUUUACGUGUUCCGGGUGAGAAGAGAAAACGAUGAAUCGUAGGUUCAAAUGAUCAGGGCAUCGUCCGUUUUUAUACCCCGCUAAAUUCAUAUAGAUUAUGACAAAAGAUAGCGAGAAAUAUAUAUAUAUCUAUUAUAUAUGUAAAUAUAGUUUAGGAAACGGACGUCGUCCGUGAGAUUACAGUCCCAACGUGUAGUUUUUUAUAAUCUCGACAAUAACACGUUUGUUAUUCGAUUAAAUAAUAACAUUAAAUAUUCAAAUAUUUAGGCGAAUAGAAGACUAAUUACCAUGAGUAUAUAUUCCAAUCUUCCAACGUAACGAUCAAUAUUUGGAAGGAGGUAAGAGGAGGAGAGAUCUUAACGAUUUUAUUGAGCGCGAUUAGAGCGGAAACUACUAUUACGAGAGCAAAAGAAGACCGCCGGAUACCGGAAAAAGCGGCAUAGUUCUCCAUUGCAAAAUCAUAAUCUGCUCAUCCGAGAUAUUUCGUCAUCGACGCUCAGUCUCCAGAAAAAUCGUACGAAUUAUUUAAUAUGUGAAUUUGAGGACCACGUGGAAAUAGGAAAAGAUGAAAAGUAAAAAAAACAUUACGUCAAGUGCCAACGCUAAGUAAGGAAGCUAAGAAGCGUGAAUAAACGAUAGAAUUUUAUUUUACUUGCAAUUCUGGACCGUACAUGAUCGAAGGAUGUCAUUUAAUUAGGCAUCAUGAUAGUGAAAUGAGAUUUCCAUUCGUUCGACAUUUUUUAUCCGUGCUACUUUAUUUUACACAAUAACACUCAAUCAUUAUUCGCUCUUGGCAUAUAACGACAAAUGUGUGAUGAUUAAAAAAAUUCGUUGGGGAAUUUUUUCGACCGGAGCAAUAUUCGACGAAGCAAGUUUUCGUUUUAAAGUCAAUUGAAAGUGAAAAUAAACAAGUGUUUUUGACAGAUCCUUAAAACGUCAAUAUCGCGAUGAUAUAGAGCGCGUAACUGCUCAAUUUCAUUUGUUGUGUCAAACAAAAUCGAAGCAAGGUCUAAAGAGUCGAUACGCGUAUAACAUAAAGUAAAAAAAAAAUAAAAUUUUGUCAUUAACUAAAAACAAAAUGUUGAAUUUUUAAUGACGUCAAAUGAAAAUUCAAAAAAAUCUAAUUUUACUGUGAAGAAAAAGGGUUUAUGUUCAGUCGUUGUAGGCUCCUGCGAACCCUUGAAAAAACGUUUACGUACACUGUCAAAAGUAUCGUUAUACUUUGGCGUUAGAGAUUUGUCGUGUGAAACUUGUUUAGUGAGUGCUGGUUGUGUAUUCGUGAUUGUGUCCUGUCCGAAAUUUUGUAUAUAUUUGAAUAAUUAUAUUAACCAGCGUAAAUAGAAAUCGUAAAUCGAUUCUCAUUAAAAGGAAAUAAAUAAAAAAAAAAGAAAGGAAAAGCAAGAAAAUAAGGAGAAACGCUGAAACCAGCGGAUCUCUAACGCAACGCUACGGAAACUCAAAAGCAGCUGACAAAAUUCUGGCAGUUUAUAAACACGGUGUAUAUUUUUCUACCAUUAUUUAUAAGCCCGAAAAAAAACCUCUUAUUUAUGUGUCCCUUCCAGACGAAAAGUAGAGCGAUAAAGAAACAAAAACGAAAUAAUGAAAUAGCAAUUGUAAAUAAUUAUUACGAAAAAGAAUAUUAAUAAUAAUCAUCAUACUUUUAAUAAUUCGCGGCUCGAGAAACAUCAAAGAAUCAUCACGUAUUCUUUCUCGUUAUAUCGCCGUCUUCCGAAUAUCCAUCCAGCCGGUAGAGUGAAUAAAUCAGUGGUUCCUUAGGAAACGAACGAAGAAAAUGAAAACAAAGUUACGUAAUGUAAUAGCGUUAGCGAGAACGAUUAACGAUAAUUUAACAAAGACGAGAUAAUGUCGAUUGCCAUAAUAGUUGAGACGAGUCUUGAUUGGUGAUAGAGAUUACAGGAAGAAACAACUAAAAGAGAGAGAGAGAGAGUGAAAGAGAGUCCGGCAGCUGUAUCUAGUCUCGUUAUUCAUUUGUACUUUUCAACUGUCCAAUAAAUAAAACGAUGAUUUUAUAUUAAAA